ACUCGUCAAAACAGAUAAUUGAAAAUUGCGUAAGUCAGUGGGUGGUUUGAUGAUUGGAUAUUUUAAUUCUGGUAGAGAAGUGUUUACACAUUUUACAAUUGGACUCGUAAUAAGUUACAAUGCGGCUAAAAUGGAAUAAAUCUUUUAAAUUUAUGACAAGAUUUACAGUGAUUUUAAUUAUAUUGAAUACACUACGUAACACCUAUAGGAAACAUUUGACAAAGUUUGACUCUGUAGAACAUUCAACCCUACUUACUGACAGCAGUAUUCGCGAAAGAGUUUCAUUUAACAGACUGAAUGUUUCACAAUUGAAAAAAUGUACAGACAGGAUUACUUUGAACUAUAAGUUUCUAAAUGUUACAAGUAGUUGCAAAGCGGCAGUUUUUCCUUCUCAUCUUGCACGGAAACCAUCUUGGCGUGCUGCUGACAAAAAUAAUCAAUCAUACGUAUUUUCUGCGUACGUUUUACGUAAAAAACGUCAAAUAGUGAUAGUUGGAAUAACACAAGAAGGAUCAUCAAAAUACUAUUGUCAGAUUUGGAAUCAAAAUUUUGGAAGACAAAACAUGAAGAUGGAAGAGGAACCAGCAAAAGUUGUAACACUUCCGGAAGGGCGUUCACUCAGGUAUGUAACUGCGCAAGUUGUUACACUGUCUACUCGGGAAUAUAACUGCAAAACGUAUGGCAUCUACUCAACUGCACAAACUGUCACAUGUUUGGCAGGGCAUCUCCUCAGAUAUAAUGCAGUGUUGUUCCAGUGCAUGUUGCCUCAGUCCGUGGAACUACCCACGCAUGUUUCCUUAGUAAGCAGAAGUUGUGAGACGCCAAUGAACUUGCUCGAUAUCCAGUACGUGCGGUCGCCGUAUGUUGACAAACAUAGGUUCACAGUUUGUCUGUCGCCACUUAAUUUUAGAUAUAAUCGUGAUUAUGAAAUAAUAGAAUGGGUAGAACUAAACAGAAUUCUUGGAGCAGACAAAUUCAUUAUUUACAAUUAUUCAUCCGCCAUUAAUGUAGCACGUGUACUGGAUUAUUACUCAGAACGAGGCUUAACGGAAGUAGUGCAAUGGAACUUACCGGUAGGAGUAGAUACAUGGCCUAGAGAGAAUAAAACAGUUGAGAUAUAUUAUUUUGGCCAGAUUGCCGCAUUACAUGAUUGUCUAUAUAGAAAUAAAGGCGUUUCGGAGUUUAUCGUUAAUCUCGAUGUUGAUGAAUUUAUUAUUCCACAUGGUAUAAAUGUAACAAAAUGGUCUGACAUGUUAAUGCAGCUGAAGCAGGAUUCAAACGUAUACUUGUUUAGGAAUACUUUCUUUAAAAAAGAAUGGAACAAUGUAGGCAUUGAAAUACAAAAUAAAUCGUUAGUUGAUAAACAUCGACUUGUCACACUUCAAAAACUGCAGCACGAAACAGAAAUAUUUUCACCAAGGUCAAGGUCGAAAUAUUUUGCAAAAGCCGAUGGUGUGUUUCAAGUAAUGAUACACGAAGUGCCUUGGAUGAAGAACGCAUACGUACCGAUAGAAAUCAGACUUUUACAUCAUUACAGAGACUGGGAAACACUGGAUGAUCCUCCGAAUGUUAAAGUUUUAGACAAAACUGUACCUCAAAAGUUUGGUCAACUUUUGAUCAAGAAUGUACAAACUGUUUGGUCAGACUUAAACAUAAUAAAUAAUUUGAGGCAAUGAGUUUAGAAAAAAUAAUACAAGUAAAGCCACAUGCAAUGCUGAUCGAUCAUGAAUUCUGUUUAGUGCAAAAGGGUAGAUAGUUAGUGUUUAUUUAAUACCAUUUGUAAGAAAAAUAAAGUCUAUGUAUUUACUUUACACGCUAAGACGAUAUUAAUUGAUAUAUACAAGAAGUUACUGAGAGUGUUUUUAUUUACCCUAGUAUCAGUAAAAUAAUGAUAUAAUCUAUGGUGGCUGAUUUCUGCCAUUUCUCCUUCCGCCAGGAUAACAAUCAGCGUGCUGAUACGAAAAUACAUUAUACGUCAUGUCGGCGUGCUUAUUUGUUGUUCUGCAAACAAGCCAGAACGAAAUGGCAGAUAUCAUUUACCAUAAUUAUAUACUAUUCUCUUAAAGUUAGCACUUUUUAUAAGUUGUGAUACAAUUACACUUCAAUUAAUCAUACUGUGUACAUUACCGAAAACAAUCUAUUGGAAGUGAAUCUAGGGGUUACUCCCAUUGCCAGUAGGUAAGAUAAAUAAGAGCGAAUGUUCAAUACCUCUGUGUAAAGACUGUCCCUUCUAAAACAAAAGGAAAAUGGAUAACUAAAAUUAUUAUAUCACAUUGCAAUGAAUUACCUUUAACAAAUAAUAAGACACUUACUUAGUGUAAGAUCAAAAAUACUUGUUUGCGCUUAGGGUAGGUAGAUAAAACGUUUUUCAUACUAAUUAAUAGAUUUAUCUUAAGAAAAUCAUAUUCCACAGCCAUGUUAUCUUUAAACAGGAAGUUAUAAGAAAGUUUUGCAUGUAUAGUAAAGUAAAAGCCAGUCUAUUGUAUUUUUCUUCAGUUUUGAGAAAAGAUUAACAAAAUUUUGACAAGUUAUUGAAUAUUUAGUGUAAAAGUAAUCCUAGCACCUUAAUUUUAUACCAUUUUAUGUGAAAUGCCCAUAAUUUUAGCAUACAGUAUGCUGGACAAACGAAACAACCUUUUAAAACAAUAUUUCGGGAACACUGUUAUAAAAAACGUUAAAACAAUAAAUUUUGAUUUCUUAUACCAUCAUGUCGGCAUUCAGACUAAAUUGAAUGUUACUUAAAUUAUAAAUAAAUGAAUUAAAUGUUU